GCGGCGGCGACGUGAGCGCGCAGGGGGGCGGCGGCGGCCUCGCCUCGUCUCUCUCUCUGCGCCUGGGUCGGGUGGGUGACACCGAGCGCGAGAGAGAUGUCGGAUUUCGACAGCAACCCGUUUGCGGACCCGGAUCUCAACAACCCCUUCAAGGACCCAUCAGUUACACAAGUGACAAGAAAUGUUCCACCAGGACUUGAUGAAUACAAUCCAUUCUCUGAUUCUAGAACACCUCCACCAGGCAAUGUGAAAAUGCCUAAUGUACCCAGUACACAGCCAGCUAUAAUGAAACCAACAGAGGAACAUCCAGCUUAUACACAGAUUGCAAAGGAACAUGCAUUGGCACAAGCUGAACUUCUUAAGCGGCAGGAAGAACUAGAAAGAAAAGCAGCUGAGUUAGAUCGUCGAGAACGAGAAAUGCAAAACCUCAGUCAGCAUGGCAGAAAAAAUAAUUGGCCACCUCUUCCUGACAAUUUUCCUGUGGGACCUUGUUUCUAUCAGGAUUUUUCUGUAGACAUUCCUGUAGAAUUUCAAAAGACCGUGAAAAUUAUGUACUACUUGUGGAUGUUCCAUGCUGUAACACUGUUUCUAAAUAUCUUCGGAUGCUUGGCUUGGUUUUGUGUUGAUCCUACAAGAGGGGUUGAUUUUGGAUUGAGUAUCCUGUGGUUCUUGCUUUUUACUCCUUGUUCAUUUGUCUGUUGGUACAGACCACUUUACGGAGCUUUCAGGAGUGACAGUUCGUUCAGAUUCUUUGUAUUCUUUUUCGUCUAUAUUUGUCAGUUUGCUGUACAUGUACUCCAGGCUGCAGGAUUUCAUAACUGGGGUAACUGUGGUUGGAUUUCAUCCCUCACUGGCCUGAACCAAAGUAUUCCUGUUGGAAUCAUGAUGAUAAUCAUAGCAGCACUUUUCACAGCAUCAGCAGUCAUCUCACUAGUUAUGUUUAAAAAGGUACAUGGACUAUAUCGCACAACAGGUGCUAGUUUUGAGAAGGCCCAACAAGAGUUUGCAACAGGCGUGAUGUCAAACAAAACUGUCCAGACUGCAGCUGCAAAUGCAGCUUCAACUGCAGCAACUAGUGCAGCUCAGAAUGCUUUCAAGGGUAACCAAAUUUAGAGAAUCUUCAAGUAAUACACUUACCUUUUGACUAUACGUUUCUCUCCAGUUACUGUAUUCUAUAAAUAUUUUUAUGUUCAAAACAGACAAUACACACAGCAUGUAUUUUUCCUAUUCACUUGUGCAUGGGCUAAAACCAGAAAAAAUUCUGUCUUAUUUACCUAACAGUUUAAUAUUUCAGUGCCCCUUGCAGAAAAAAAAAGAACUACAUGCUAAAUAAAUAUUCUCCAUAUUUUUUGGGGGAUGACUAUUUAUUAGAUUAUUUCAGUGGUGACACUGAUAUUAAUAUGGUAUAUGAUUGAAAAUGCUGUUAGUACUAGCUGCAGUCAUUCUUUCAGGAAUCUUUAGACUUAAGGGUUACACACUGGAGCAGUAAGAUGAUGCUUCAUUCCUUUUUCCUUAUUUAUAGUGAAAGAAAUAGGUGAUCAAAGACUUGCAGAUUUUUUAAAUUGGCUUGCUUUUUAGCAGUUAAGUCACCGUGAAGCCUGUGUGCAUUUCGUAGUAGAUGAUGUAAAUUUUAUCUUCUAUUUUUUUUAGAGUGGUUGAUAUUUUGAUAUCAAUCUCUGAUCUUGCACGUUUCUUAAAUUAAAAUUAGUAUUUUGGGUUCUGCACUGCUUAUAGCUGUAGUAUUGGGGAGUUGUUUAUAGAAUCCUAGAAAUGAUUUUCUGUAAUAGUUACUUUUAAAUUAAAAUUUAUUGGGCUACAGUAGGCAAAUAUAAUGUGCAGUGCAUUAUCCAAAAGAAAAGGUAGUGAAUCACUGGAAUAGAAUGUAGUGAUGAUAUCCAUUUUUUAAAAUUUUUCAGUAUUCAUAUCAUAGUGAGAUGUUACUGUAUGGAAACUUUGGUAUAUUGUGGCUACUCUUUUUAACUGAAUUGAGAUUGUGUUUGGCAGUUCCUUAUUGGAGUGUAUGUAAUUUUUAACAAAAGUAUUGAAGUUUAGCCUAACUCCUCCAAAUAGAACAUACAGUAUUUAAGGGAUUUUUUCUUGACUCUUUUUGAUUUUUAGUGGCAUUAAAAAUACUCUGGCAUUUAACAUAACUUGAAUCCCUAAUGCAACUCAGUCUUUCAAUUUUUUAAACAGACUGAAUACUUUAAAAAUUUUCAGCAAUAGAAAAACAAAACAUUUAACUUGAACCAAACAAGAAAAUACAAAUACAGUUGAAAUCACUCACAUCAUUUUUGUUAUACAUUGAAUUUGUUACUAUGUAGCACGGGAAUUCAUUCUUAUAGUGUAUUUGGGUUGAAACUUUAAAUCAUUUUUAAUACUAAAUUAAUGAAAGGCUUUUGUAAAGUCAUGCUACUGUGUUUGGAAUAUUUAUCUAAUUUAAGAUUGUAGAUAUCGAUUUAUUCAAUUUGGUUUUAAAAAAAGGAUAGUCUGUUGGAAUACAUUAUUUGAGACUCAAAUCCUUAAAAAGUCAGAUGGAUAUAAAUGGUUAAAAUCACUCCCAUUCUUCUUAAAUCUAGAGUUUAAAUACUGGGGGUGGGACAGUGACUUCUCAUUAUUAUGAAAGAAGCUUUAUGUGAUACUAGGUAAUAUAGAUCCAUCUUGAUGGUGUUCACAUUUGAUGUAUUUGGUACUUUAUUGAGGUAAUAUACUUGGAAGGUGUUUCUUUUAUUCUGAAGAAAAUAGGUUCUAGAGUAUGAAUUUAAAACUUUUUAUGAAUAUUUCUGGUUAGUGAUAAGAUCCAUCUACUCCUCAACCAGUUCAGCCAGUUCAUGUUUUUCAGUCUAUAAUUUUACUGUAAAUCUGUUGAUCAGUGUGCUUUAUUGAGUAUAGAUAUUACAAAUAUUCAAAACAUUUAUCACAAAAUACAAGAAUACAUACAUGCCCACCAUUAAUUUAUAUCUUAGGUCUUUUUGUUUUUCUCUAAACUGCAAAUGAAAUAUAUAUUCUAGAGACUUAAAAAGUACUCAAAUAGUUUUCUUUGGAGUAAGAUUAUUUCCUUUACUCUAUGGAAAGGUAGCAUUGUUAAAUAGCAAAGAAUAAUUUCACCAGGGUUACCUUUUUUGCGUAUGUGAAUGGGGAAAAUAUUGUUUUAAAAUGCAGUUAUUUGGUUUAAUACACAUUUAUGAGAGAAAAUAAUGCUUUUUAAACAAAUAUGCAAUUAAAUGAUGCUUACAGUAUGGGGGUUUAAAUUAUCUUCUCUAAUAACAAUAAUGAGUGAAUAGUUGGCAUUUUUACUCAGCUAAAGAUUGGCAUAUUUUUCUUUUUUAAUUUUUUAAUAGUAAAAUUACCCAGUAUCACAACUAUAAUGUGGUUUGCAGACUGGUGGCAUCCAUGCCAUUUUUCUCUUUGCAAUAUUAAAAUGUGGACAUUCUAAUGCAGUUUGAACACUGGAAAAUCAUUGUUUAGUGAUUUGUAAUUUGGGUCUUUGGAUUAUUUAGCGAAGUUUGUAUAUUUUGUCAAUAUUGCGCUGCUGUCAUGGUGACUGUCUUGGUACUAUAUAAAUGCCCUCCAUCUGUCCUGCUAAUGUUGCAUGUUUUCAGUGGUUUGGAAGUUUUGUAUAUUUAUUGUAUUAACACAGAGUAUCAUAAAAUAAAAGGCUCUUUAAUGGAUGUUUGUUUGUAUAAUUUUAAACACUGUAUUGGCACUUCAGAGGCAGAAAUUGUCCUGAGAGUUUAAUGUACAUAGAAGUACCACAUUUGACUUAAAAAAAAAUCUGUAUAAUUAUUUUCUCAUGUGCCAAAUAUAAACAACUUAGACUUUCAGCAACAUAAAAUGUGAAUUCUUCUGUGGCAUUAAACCUUUUUUUUUUAAAGUAAAGGUACAUGAGGUAUCUAACUCAUUAAAUAUGUUAACUACUUUAAGGUCCAACCAUAUAGACUAUCUGGAAGUUAGAUUAAAAAUGGAAAACUUGGAUUUUGUAAUUGAGAUAUUUUCUGUGGAUUAAAAUGGAUGCCUCUGUAUUAGUAUUACAUUGAUUUGAUUGAACUUGUGCUCUGUUUUUUAACUUCAUUACCUGUUGCAGUUUCAUGUACUGAAGAAAGUACCUCCUUGUGUAUUGUUGGUUAUCUAAAGAUUUAAAAUUUAACCUAGUAUAGUUUUAAUGGUGAAUCUUAUUUUGAGGAAUACAUGUUAAAAUGGAAACAGUUUUUUUUUAUUUUUUGGGCAUUAAUUAAAAAAUUGAGUUUGGCUUUUCA